AUAAUUUAGAAGGAUCUCAACGGCUGCGAUCGGUGUUCGGUGUUUCGGUGAUGUUAGCAGUUAGCUAAGCAAUCAAGAAGAAGACGUCACGAGAGGGAGAUCGAAGAUUCUGGCGGCUCCCAAGAGCAGAAGCGGGAAUCAGAAACUACCUGUAAUACUUGCUGGAAAAGAAAAGAAACGAACGAAAAAAACUAACCCAUUGACAAAUUCCAAAGGAAAGAUUAUAAGGAAAAGAGUUGACGAUAGAGAAGAAAGUAGGAGAGAAAGAGCGAGGGGAAAAUGGUGCUGUGGGAGAUCACAUUGGGAACGGCUUAUUUCUUGGGUCUUAAACGGACUUACAGGCUUGCUUUGAAGGUUCAGCGACGGGUUAUUAGCCCUAAGCAUCCUAAGAUCCGACAAUUCGUUCGAAGACGAACACAUGCUGUAUUUGAUGUAGCACUCAAGUUUCACGAGAACAUACAGCAGCGAGACUUAGAAGUUGGUCGGAAUCUUGGUAACUGGAUCCUCCGCUGGCUUGACAAAAUGAAACCUUCAGCUCAGAUCCGAGCUCCAACCCACCAGAAACCCCACCAUAAUGCUGGCAAUGCAAACAUGAACAUUCCAAAGCAAGUGACAAACUCAUCCUCAUUGAAAACCCCUAGAAGCAUCCAGACACCUCGAAACCCUGAAGCUGAUAAACAUCUUUUUAGCUCAUCAACAAAUAUGUGGCCUAAAUCCUUUCCUACAAUUGCAAUGAUGAUGCGGCCAACAAGGGUUGCUGGAAACAUGACUCAAUACAGGCAUUUGAGCAUCAGUGGAACUAACACAUUGGGGCUGAACUACGCAAGGGGCGAAGGAGUUAUUAGAAAGGAUAUAAUGCAAUGGAUGCUGCACAAGUGAAGAUGAAAGCUCUUUUCUAUUUGCAAUUGCGGACGUUCAAAACUGUGAAACUUUGGUGGAAGCGCCAAGUUGGGUGCCGUGAGACUGUUAUUUUGAAUUGACACGUUGCUUUGGAUGCUUCAAGAAUUCAGAAGGCGUUUUCAUGGGAUAAUAAAUUUUCCUUAUCAUCUGCGUUUUGGCAUAUUCUUUUUGAGUUUCUAUUUUCCAGCAUUCCAUUGCUUGGAGAAAACAUAUUUAUUUGAUUGUUUAACGCAACGCUCUGGCAUUGUCCUUGUGUUAAACAAAAUCUGGGAAUCGUAUGUGCCAUAGCCACACUUCUAAUGCGUACGGAAUUAAAU